AUGCGCCGGGAAGAGCAGCGCGCGGAGCCGCUGCUGGAGGACUUCGAGUCGAAAGGGGUACAUUCUCCGCAAAACCCGGGGCCGCUGCUGGUGGUCUGGCUCGCCGCUUUCGCUGCCGGUUUCGCCUGUCGCCAGAGCGAGUUCCAGUGCACGAAUGGCCGCUGCGUCGCCCUGAACAAGGUCUGCAACCUCUUCGACGACUGCGGCGACAACUCCGACGAGACUCGGCCCUGCUCGCCCUGCAACAAGACGUACUAUGGCGACGUCGGCAAGACCUACGACCUCGAGCUUCACCGGCCGAAGGAGGACAAGGUGCCAUACGUCUGCAAGCUCACCUUCGCCGCCCCCGGGUCCGACUACGGCGACAUCGUACAGCUGACCUUCGACAGCUUCACCCUGGGGAAAUUCGUCUCCUUCACCACCGCGGGGUGUCCUGACGGGUCCCUGCAGAUCUCGGAGGCCCAGCGACCCGACGUGGGGGGUCUGUGGUGUGGGACCUCCUGGGGCCCGUCCAUGUACUACAGCGAGACCUCCAGUGUCUCCAUCACCCUGAGACUCCUCAGGCUCAGCAGGGACCAAACGGGCUACAACUUCGACUUCCGAAUGGCGUACAAGAUGAUCCGCAGGUCGGACGCGGUCGUGCGUUACGGGGACCCGUUCGUCGGAAUGACCAGAGCCACCACGACCACCCCCAGCAUCCAGGAGACUUCUUUGGACUACUCCAACAGCUCCAUGGCGAUGCCGGUGCACAUGGUGGACAGUGAAGUGUUUCCAACCAGGACGGAGGACGAGCAAUACUUAGGGGACCUCAUCUCGGGGACGUACUGCUCCAGGAUAUUUAGCGACUGCGACAGGAACAGAUGCAGGCUGCAAUCGCCCAACUUCCCAGGUCUCUAUCCCCGCAACCUGACGUGCUACUACGCGGUGCGCCAGCACGAGGUUCCGCCCGGAAAGCACGCUCUGAUAUCCGUCAGACAACCCCGAGGGCAACUGGUGGCCAUCAGAGCAAGACCUGCCACCCAGGUUGAGCCUCCACCUAGGGAACUGCGCCUCUGGCAGGAGUGCGACGUCGUCCAGGACUACGUGACGGUCUAUGACGGCUACACGACGAGGGACCCCGUGAUCGUUAAAUUUUGUGGGGGUGGCGAGCCUGUGCCGGAAGCCAUCAGCAGCGGACCCGAACUCCUGGUCGAAUUCACCACCUCACCCUUCGGGACUUUCUUGCACCCAACGCCACCACACUCGCUCCAUGGCUUCCAGCUGGAGGUUCAGGUCAAGUUCGUGGACGCCAGCUCGCCGACCUACACCAGGAACAAGCGCUGCGAGUUCUGGCUUCAGGGGACUCGCGGUGGGAUCCUGUCCUCGCCGAAGCAUAGCCUGCCCAGGAACACCACGUGCCUGUAUCAUCUCCGAGGGGCUGGGCCCCUUCUUCCAAGUCCUACGCCACCUCGACCUCUCCCCAAGUUCCCAGAACAGAGGCCAGGAACCGUCUGGAGGAGACCAGCUCCCAGGCCCGUGCAACCCCAGUUCCGGGUCUGGCUGUCGGUACUGAAGUUCCACGUGGCCUCCAGUCCGACGAACCUUGAUGACGAGUGCUCCACCACCCUGAUGAUCUGGGACGGCGAAAUGAGGCCUCUGAACGAGUGCAACGACGUCGCCUGUGAGAAAGAACGACAAAGGUACCCCGAGAGGGCUGGAGAGUCCUUGCAGGCCACCAUCGCGCGUCCUGCUGGAAACACGUCGCUCCUUGCCAGGUACUGCAAGGACAAGGUCCCCAGGACCUGCGACCAUGCCAUCCUGCGGAACACCAGUCGGCCCUGUUCCCUGGGGGAGAGUUUCGUCUCUUCUGGCAGCAGCCUCACUCUCGAGAUGCGCAUGAUCGAGUCCACCGCCCUUAGGCCAGUCAAUUUCCGGGCGCUCUACGAGUUCGUCGAUCUGCAUCAGGACGGCGACGCCUUCGGGAACGGGCCCUGCUCGAGGAUAUUCUACAGCAGGAACCGUGACCACUACCCCGACCGCAGGUUCCAGGGUCCAAGGGACAUCUUCCUCUACGGCAGAGGUGGCUCCAAGAACUUGAGCUGUGUGUACCGCUUCGAGGGUGAGCACGACGAGGUGGUUAAACUGCGUUUCAACAAGCUGCUGAACGGGAACCGCAGCUGCCGCAGCGUCUCCAGUCCAGACUUUGAUCGCCUGAUGUGUGUAGGGUCGGAUAACUUCUCUCUGAAGGUCCUAGACGUGCCCUGGAACGACGCCCCACCGGUCCAGCGUGACUGCCUGUGUUCCAACAGGUCUCUGCCGAUCAACGUGAAGUCGACCUCAAACAUCGUGGAGGUGCACUUCACGGUGAGGGCGAUGAACUCGCUAGACGACUACGAGAGUUUGUACUUCGAGGGAAUCUGGGAGUUCAUCAAGGCGGUGCCCUGCGUCCAGAAGCGCAGAGUACGGGGACCCUCCGGGGAGAUAAAGUUGAGGUUCCCACCGUUGGACCGAGAUGAGAAAACCUGCGAGCGCAAUCCCUGGCUGAUAGACCCCGGUCCUGGGCACUACCUCUACGUGAAGAUGGGUGGCACCAUCGCCAAUAACGGCACCGAAUGUUCCACAUCCAACCGAGUCGUCGUGCACACUGGUGGUCGGAUCCACGUGGCCGUGUGUCCAAAGCCACCAGCAGACUUGCGGCACCACAUUGUGGAGGUGUUCAGCGACGGUUGGGCCUUGGGUAGCGACGCGACGGUCCUGGCUCCAGGUGACGACCCCGCCAGGACGGUAGCCGUGGAGCUGAUCGCCAAGGAGCCCGACUCCUACUCCAUCACCUGGCUCGAGCUGACUAGAAGGCCCGCCCAGGCGACUUCCGCUGCAGCUGGCCUGCAGAUGUUGACCCGCGACUGUGAGCAGCGCUGCCCAGAAUUGGACGCGUGCAUCAACGCCUCCCUUUGGUGCGACGGCACCUCCCACUGCCCCUCGGGCUACGACGAGGCCUUCGCCCACUGCUCGAUCCUCCUCCGGCUGCCACCCCUACACUUGGGCCUUAUCGCCCUAGGGAUUCUAGCCGUGAUCGGGGUUCCGGUCUGCCUGGCCUGGUGGCGCGUCCGCGGGCGCCGUGCCACCAGGUCCAUCUCCCAGCACCGGCUCAAGAGCGCCUCCUCCGAGACGGCAAUCCUCGACGGCAAGGAGGUGAUUUGCUGACAGAGCGACAGCUCCGUGCGAUAUGUCGAGGUGGACCGCGUCACCACCGUGUGACCACUGUCGUCCUGGAUCGCCCGGUUCCUGCCGGGCUGAGCCUGGAGGAAGGGACGCACCCUGGGCCACCUCCUCGACGUACCACGGAACCGACCCCUUGCCGGACGAGCUUUUCCUCCGGUCAGCGUCUCUCCUUCCCAGGGAAUACCCGAGGUAC